AUGCUGUUCCAGCUGUUCAUUGGCCUCCUGUAUCUGGAUGUGUCCAGUUGUAAUAAGGUGGACAGGAGGAAUCUCAUCCUGUCUGCACUGGAGAAAGCAACGUCAUUCCUGGAGGACCAAUAUGAUCAGAUCAAUACAGAUGUAGUGCUAGGAUUUUGUGUUCUACAAGUUUAUUUGAGUGGCACAUUGGAGAAAUGGGAUGCAGAGCCUGGAAUAAAGACAGAGCGAGAACGAGUGGAACGCCUGGAGGAGAAAGUGUUCACUUUGAUCAAGAAAGCAAAGCAUUCUCUGGCACAGCACACUCCAGGUCCAUACAGAGGAAUUGGGCCACUUUUAAGCUCAGGGUUUUGGAAGGUUCCUCAUCGAUGGAGUCAGAUCAACACUUCUCUGGCUUUCUCCCAAACAAAUGGCUCAUGUCUGAGCUGGAAAACGAGUGAUGAUUGCAUCUCGCAGCUGCUAGGAACAAGGAAGGAUGGUGGUGCGUCUUGCUUUGUACCAGAUAACUGCAGAACCCUUAUGAUGAAAACCCAUUGCUCCGAUUAUAAUCUCUCCCAUCAACUUUUCUACUUCCUGAUCGCAGAGAUGAAAGGAUGCUUGGAUCGUCUGUUCCUCGAUGCUCAGUAUUAUAAGGACAUUUUCUGUAAUUUGAUGAUGCAAAUCAACGUCGACGCUGAAAAUCAAGCUCUCCUAAACUUCGAUAGAGACCUCUUCACCGAAAACAUUUUUUUUUGCGGCCUGUCUGGGUUCUCCGAUUUCUACAAGUCUCGUUGGCUGGAUCUCAUUCUCAGCUGGCAGAAGCCAGAAAAAGGAUGCUUCUGGAUGUAUGGAAAUGAAACUUCCUCUGAGAAGGUAUGGGAAGAGCCUACCAGAAGAUCCCAAAGAGUUAAGAGAGGAGAGAAAAUUCUUGAAGACGGAUGUUCUUCUCAUAACACUGCUGUGGCUGUAGCAGCUGUUGGAGGAUUCCUCUACUAUGGCUUCUGA